AUGCGCAAGGAGGCUGGCUCGACUGGUGGUUCGACUGGUAGUUCGACUGGUAGUUCGACUGGUGGUUUGACUGGUGGUUCGACUGGUGGCUCGACUGGUGGCUCGACUGGUGGCUCGACUGGUAGUUUGACCGGUAUUUCGACUGGUAGUUCGACUGGUAGUUCGACUGGUAGUUCUACUGGUAGUUUGACUGCACAACCACCUCUGUGGGCUGAUAAUCACCUUGAUGUUCGAUCUGCUUCUCAACUCUGUGCAUGCCCUGAUGUGGGCUCGAGCGGGUGUCAUGAGUGGCUCGAGAGAGGUAGUCGGAACAUGGCUCGAUUGAGGCAGUCGGACCGUGGCUUGAUUGUGGCAGUUGGACCAUGGCUCGAUUGUGGCAGUCGGGACGGCGAGAACAGCGGGUCGAGGGAGAUGCGGCUCAAUUGA